AUGAAAAAAUCAUAUAUUUUUUUAUUAAUACUAUUAUUACUAUUAUUAAAGAAUUCUAAAUGUGAUAUUUCCUUAAAAAACAAAUGUGGCCAAAAAAUAAGUUAUAUUUCAAGUUCAUAUGGCGAUCAUGACCCAGAAGAUUGGAAAGAGCUAGAUAAAGAUAAACAAACUUCAAUUAAAAGAAAAGAUUCCAAUGGAUAUUCAUUAUGCUUGAAAAUUCACAAAGAUGAUGCCCCAAAAUGCUAUUUAGUUCAAAAUGGUUGGAAUGUAGAAUACAAUCAAUAUUACACCCUUUAUUAUGAUAUUGUAAAACAACCUCCUUUUUUAGAUAGCUAUAAUAAAUUUUAAUAAAUAAUUUUUUUAUUUUUAAUU